AUGAAUAUUAUUUACUCAUCAUCAUCAAGAAAAAGCAAGAAAAAUAAUAUUAUAAACCCGAGUAACCUCGUGGCCGACCCGUUUUCGACGCCAUUGAGCCCGGUCGAGCAAAGGGUGUUUUCUUGUAAUUACUGCAGUAGAAAAUUUUACAGCUCUCAAGCGCUUGGCGGGCAUCAAAAUGCUCACAAAGUGGAGAGAACCUUAGCCAGGAAAAGUAGAGAGUUGAGCUCACUUGUUAGGCCUCAUCAGUUGGGUUCGAGGCGAUGGGCCGGAUCGGACGGCGACUUUGGACCCGACUUAUGGGCCCAUGGACUAGCGGGAAUAGAUUUGAAUUAUUGCCAUGUUGAUUGGAUUAGCGGUGGAUACGAUGGAGGUGAGAUUAUUAGUGUUGAUCAUCAAGGGGAAGAAAUUAGCCAGCUAGAUUUGGCAUUGAGGCUUUAA